GGGAUCAGAAGAGGCAGGCGGUGGUGGGGGUGUGUGGCAGCCCUGCGCCGCGCAUCACAACACAGCGCCGCCGUCCCCGCUCACCGGACCUACGUGGCGCCUAACCAUCAUUUAUACCUGCAUUUUAGAUUCUAAAAAUAUACCAAGAUGGGAGAUGGAAUGUUAUCAUUAUCGUGGAACAAUCACAGAGCCACGUUUUGUCACAUCCUCUCAACACUCAGGGAAAAGGAGAGAUACACAGAUGUGACUGUAGCGUGUGAAGGAAAGUUCUACCCAGUACACAAAUUGGUCUUAUCAACGUGUAGUGAAUACUUUGAAAAGAUCUUUGAAAAUACCCCUUGUAAACACCCAGUUAUUGUAUUGAAAGAUGUACAAACUGAUGAACUAGAGGCACUCUUAAGCUACAUGUAUGAAGGUGCUGUCAGUGUAGCGCAGAAUGACCUAGCACGAUUGAUUAAAGCGGCAGAAGUGUUGAGAAUAAAAGGCCUAGCAGUUCCCGAUGAGCCUCCUAUAGCGGAAACGAGUAGUAAAAGGCCGACUCAGUCGCGUAAUGUCUCCGAUGACAGAAGUAGUCCACAUCCAAAACGGAGAAGAAGAGAAGAGAGUAGUGCCUCUCUACAAGGAACAGCACAGACCUCGGCUACACCUCCCACCUCCCCUAGAGUUUCUCCCUUCAGUAAUGAACACGAGACACAGCACACAGUCCCAAGAACACAAUCAGACACAAGAUGGAUGGAUCAAAGAUCGUCAGAAAGAGAGGAGCAGAGCACAGAACACAUACUGGAUGACAGACAAGCUGAUCAGACAUCCACGACUCGCUCCUCACCAACUCCUCCACAAGUUGAGGUUAUGGUGGAUGAAACUCUAGUCAAGGAGGAGAUGGUUGACCACGUGGACAACAACCAAGAUGAUGUUAUAGACUCAGGGAUGGAUUACGGGUCUAUGGGAAGCGACUCGAGAUUAGACGGUUCAGGAGGAGGUGAAGAUGAUCCCGCGAGUCACAUGCUGCCGAACAAAUUUGAGCAGAAGGUUAAUCCAUCACAAGGGCAAUCACAACUUCCAGAGGCUGUUGUGGAAGCCUUAGCGGGACCCUCAGGGAUGCAAGGGUGGUUAAGUGGGUGUGAGAUGCCUGCUGGGUUCUCAGGAUUAGAGGGAUACAGUGGGGGGGACGGUAGCCAACAAGAUGUUCAUCCACCCCCUCAAGGACCACCUGGGACGCAGCCUCAGGCACACCAGCUGGUGAACCAGGAGGCAAUCUUUCAGUGGACCGAUGAACGAAGAGCUACAGGAGAAGGACAGGUCCUCACCUAUUCUAGCAAGGUGGAGCGGGAGACUAACUGUCAGUGGACUGAUGGGGGACGAACCUCGGAAGAUUGGCAGGGGCUCACUACUGCCAGCAAGGUGCAUCAGUGUCCCCACUGUGCCUACAGCACAACUUAUAUCCAUACUCUGAGGAGGCAUAUUUUAAAGCAUACAGGAGAGAAACCAUUUUCUUGCCCACAUUGUUCCUAUAGCACUACCAGAAAUGCUCUUCUGAAGGAGCACAUCAAUACUCACACAGGGAACAGACCAUUUUCUUGCCCAUACUGCCCUUAUAACUCUUCCCAUAAGAAUAUUUUAAAGAGGCACAUACGCACACACACCGGGGAGAAGCCAUAUGUCUGUACCAUGUGUCCUUUCCGUGCCUCUCAUAAGACAAACUUGAAUAGUCAUUUACUAACACAUAUGGCAAAAGAUCAAACCAUGUAGCACCUUUAACACUAGCUUGUGUGUUAGAAGUGGUCAGCAGGUAAACAUGAGUUAGCCACCUUACUAGCAUUGCAGUAGCUUUUUUUACACCAUUGCUUGUUGUCCCUGAGAUCACACAAAGUUUUGAAGUAUUUGUAAGUGUUAAGUCUGUUUAACAUUCCAUUGAUAGGAUUAUGGUACUCCUAUAUAGUUCUCUUAUUAGUACUCAUGGUUCUCUUAUUAGUACUCAUAUAUAUAGUAAUCUUAUCAGUACUGUACUCAUACUGUACUGUAUAUGAUUCUCUUAUUAAUACAGAGUACUCAUUUAUGGUUAUGUUAUUAGUACUCAUAUGGUUCUCUGUUUUAGUACUCAUAUAGUUCUCUUAUUAGUACUCAUGGUUCUCUUAUUAGGUUUAUAUAUUUUUGUAUAAGUAAAUGUGGGAAAGAAAGAAGACUUGUCGCUGAUUCUCUCUCCCUCUCUUCCACUCCUCUGACAAAAGGUAUACAGUAAAUUCUUUUCUUUUUUAAACUUUUUUUUAAUUGGAUAAAACUUGGUUACCAUUUUAAGUAAUAAAUAUAUUCAGUUUUUAAUUAGAUUUGCAUACUUUGAUUCAUACUGAUUCAUACUAUUGCAAGGAUACUUAAAUUAUUUGGUUUUUAUUUAUUUAUUUGGUCAUUAUUAUUAUUAUAGGUUAUGCUACAGGUUUUAUUAAUAUUAUUAUUAUUUAGAUUUAGUAUUGGUGUCUCGCACUAUCAAUAACGUACAGUGAGGCCUUUAUAUAGUGGACUCUCGAUUUAAUAGACUUUCAUCUCUAUGCAGUUCGUUAGAUGGGAGUUUCAUAUCUAACGGACCCUCGAUAUAAUGGACUUUCCUCUCUGUAGUCCGUUAAAUAGAGGUUUCACUGUACUGUACCCCACACAUAAUCUCAAUGAUGUUCCUCUCAUGUAUAAUGUCUCCAGAAGUGUGUAGUAUCAUCUCCAUUGUUUAUCUCUUUCUUUAUUCAUUACUUCCAUCAACAGCUUUAUACAGUUCAAUUACUAAAGUCCAUUCACCUCUUCCCCUGAACCACAAACCUAGAGAUUCAGAUUCAUGAACCUGAAGUAGUGGACUGAUCCAUUAUUCUGUCCAUUAAUGCAUUGGGUUCAUAAGUCUGAAUCUCUGGGUUUGUGGUUCAGGGGAAGAGGUGAAGGGACUUUAGUACUGUAGUUGACUGUACCUCCUAUCACUUCCUCAUUACCUUAUUUAUUUAUUCCUCUUAUACUUCGUACCCCCAACUUUGAACUCAAUCACAUGGUGUAAUACAACAUCUCACACGCCCGUAAAAAAAAUUAUACAAUUCUAACCUCUUAUGAAAAUGUGUAUUGUAGUAGCAAAUAAAAUUCCCUUGGCACUUUUGUUAUGUCUGAUAAUUACAUACAUUGCUUUUGUUUCAUGUGAGUCUAAGGAUUGGUAUUUUAAUCCAAUAGAGAGUAUUUUUAUGUUGUUAUUCUAAUAUUAUUUAUAAUGACAAGUGGCAUUCACCAGCUAUAUAGACCAAUCACAUAGACAGUCCACAAGUCGAGGGAAUUUUGGCCACAACUAUGCUUUCACCAUAUUGUUUUCUGUAGCUGAAGAACAUACAAUACCUGAUAUACUCUAUAAUGUGUGAUCGACAUAAUUUGCCUAAUAUUCCACCAUCCCCCCAAAAAAUUCCUAAGAGAGAAAGUCUUUUAUUCAAGCUUAAUUUUUCACCCAACCACUUUAGUCUCUCUUAUUACACACUUAAUUAUGCAUUCCUGUUGAAUACCUCACACCUAUUAAUUGGUCUCAGUUUUAAGUAGUCACUAAUAUUAUUCAUUAUUCAUAUACAGUCGUAGUAAUAGUAUUGUCAUUCCAAGCCUGUCAUGAAUUUUAACUCUGCCUGUUCUCAGCACUCAAGAUUCUUAUACGGUAGUUUGAUUGGUGGUUUUUUAUUGUACGCAGCGUUGUUUAUAUACAGAAGAUAGAACUUUGAACUCUGCAUUAUCAAAAACAUACAUGUAUAUAUGUUUGUUUUUUCCUUUUAAGGUUUGUUUUGAACUUUUGAUGCUGUCGCUUUGGCUGCAGUUUGAUUUUUUCUUAUCAUAAGGUAGAUCUUUUAAAAUGUAGAAAAGUGUAAGAAUUGUUCCAAAAUAUAUGGUUGAGCAUU